AUGGCCCACUGGAGGGAGGAGUACUUGGCUGCCCUGACAGUCCGAGAUCAACGAGAGAAGGCAAAUGCUACUCUUUACGAUGCUUAUGCCCAGCUUGCAGAUCGCACCGGUAAGCUAGCAACCGCAGCAAACAGCACUAGCUUGGCACCAGCACAGAGUGAAGCUCAACCCACUAUACCAUCUCCGCUGGUGGCCUCAUCCAGAAAGCAACGAUCAACCGACACAGGUCCUGUCCCGAUCGAUCUUCUCAAUGCUGCUCGUGCAGACUUGUCCGAGGCACAGCGAUCCCGAUCAGAGCUACAAGAUCAACUGAAUCGAGUGAAUGUAGAGGUCGAAAAGCUUCGCAAGAAAAGUACACAAGAGUCUCGACGGAUUAACACUUUGGAAAGCGAGAGGGCACAGCUUAAGUUGCGAUUGAAUGACAGAGAUGCUGAGCUCAAAGGGAAGGCCAAGCUAUUAGGGGACUUCCAAGAUGAGAUGGCGACACUAAACCUCCAACUCAACAUGGCCGAAGAACGGUCAAGUCGGCUUCAGAAAGAGAACCAAGAUUUGGUUGAUCGUUGGAUGGCUAGGAUGGGCCAGGAAGCCGAGGCGAUGAAUGAGGCGUCCAAAUUCUCCUGA